AAAUUUCAAAUUUCAAACGUCUCUCUCUUCUCUGAUAACACCAGCACCAACACCAACACCAACAACCGUUUCUUUAAACCCAUUAAAACUCAACAACAACAGUCGUUUCUAUCUUUCUCUUUCUUUAUCUCUCUCAUUUUCUCUUGUAAUACUUUUCAAGAAUCAACAGGCUAAAAUGGGUUCUUCAGGAAAAUGGCUCAAGUCACUCAUUACUCUCAAAAAACUUCCACCGCCACCUGACCAUGAAAAACAGAGUGAAACUAAAGGCAAGAAGAAAUGGAGGUUAUGGAGAAGCUCAUCAGAGGGUUUUGGGUCAUCAUCAUCAUCUUCAAAGGGUUUGAGAAAGGUACAUAUGGCAUCAUCAGAGGCCUCUGAUUCUUCUCUUGUUCUUGAUGAUGCGUUUGCCGCUGCCAUGGCCACUGUGGCCAGAGCCCCACCUAGAGAUUUCAUGGUGGUCAAGCAAGAAUGGGCUGCCAUCCGAAUCCAAACGGCUUUCCGAGGCUUAUUGGCAAGGCGGGCGUUGAGGGCCUUGAAAGCAGUGGUAAGGAUUCAAGCUAUAUUUCGUGGCCGGCAAGUCCGAAAGCAAGCAGCUGUGACACUGAGGUGUAUGCAAGCUCUUGUAAGGGUUCAGGCUAGAAUGAGAGCACAGGGUGCCAGUAUGUCUUCAGAAGGUCAAGCUGCGCUAAAAUUACUGGAUGAACACUUCAUUUCCGAUCCCACCAGGCAGGCUGAGCAAGGAUGGUGUUGUAGUUUGGGAAGUGCAGAAGAAGUUCGAGCGAAGUUGCAAAUGAGGCAAGAAGGAGCCAUCAAGAGGGAGAGAGCAAUUGCGUACGCCCUCUCUCAACAGCAAUCAAGAUCAUGUGGCAGCCCAGCUAGAAGAACAAGCAAGCCAGCAGUCUCUCUCAAGAAUCAAAGGGUGGAUAAUAGUAGCAGCCCCGGAUGGAGCUGGCUAGAAAGGUGGAUGGCAACCAAGCCAUGGGAAAGUAGACUGAUGGAAGAAAUUCAUACUGAUUCAUCGGAGACUCCAACAUAUUCAAGGAAAAGUGAAGAUAACAUUGCCAGUAUCUAUUCAUAUCCAUCGAUACACGAAUCAGUAAAAGUGAGAAGAAACAAUGUUUCAAUAAAAAUUCUUGCUAAACCUCCUACUGUUAGUCAUAUAAUCCGUUCUUCUUCUGCACCAAAUUCUGAAUCCCUCUGUGAUGAGAGCUCGGAGUCGACUUCAUCUACAGCCGUCUCCCCAAUUCCAUUUUCUAGCCACACAAUCUUGGUGGACAAAGUAGAGAGUAAUACCCGAAAACCCAGCUACAUGAACCUCACAGAGGCUACCAAGGCUAAGCAAAAAUCUUGCAGGCAUUCUGCUGCUAAAAUGCCUAGGCAUCUGAUGGAGAAUCAGUUUCAUACCAUGUCAAUGCCCCUUUCAAAUGGAGAUGGUUCCACUCCUUCAUUCAGUUUGUCCAGGGAUCUUUAUCCACCACUACCCUUGGGCAGACAUGAUGAGCUUAGAGAUCGACGGCAUUAAGAUUGCAUAAACCUAAUUGAUGAGUUCAACUGCUUGUUGCCCUUAACAAUAUCUGAAGUGGUUCAAGUGAAGGUGAUCGAUACAUAGAUUGAUCCUGAUGAUGAACUGAAAUAUCAGAAACUAGAUGUGUUGCAUAUAAGUAUAAUACUUGUAGCUACUAAUUUUGGAGUGUGAUGAUUGUGAUUAAUAGAAUUGAAACCUGCAAUUUGCAAAAAGUUCAUAGUGAAUGUGAAUUGAAUGUUUUAGGAAAUCUUUAAUCAAGAUUGAAGGGUGAUUCUGAUGGAUUCAUUAUCAGACCAUUAAAGUACUGAAAACAAUUUUCAUUUACCAA